CGGCGCGAUCGAACCACAACCAAGGCGGUAGUGAACACGGUCGCUUCGGGGCGCGGCGCAGUAUCAACCAGAAAAUAUUCAGACAUGGAGCUCAAGGGGAAAGUAGCCCUCAUCACCGGCGCCGCGGCCGGCAUCGGCCUAGCUUACAGCCAGGAGCUGCUCAAACAGGGAGCCAAGGUUUCGAUAUGCGAUAUCGAUUCUGAAAUCGGCGAGCAAGUGGUGGACGAUUUGGGCAACAAGUAUGGCCGCAAGAAUGUGCUGUUCUGCCGCUGUGACGUCACUGACUAUCCCCAGUAUGAGGAGGCAUUCGAGAUGACAAUGGAAGUGUUCAACCGGCUGGACAUAGUGAUCAACAACGCGGGUGUAAUGAACGACCGAUUCUGGGAACUCGAAGUCGACGUCAAUUUAAAUGGCGUGAUACGCGGUACUCUGCUAGCGUAUCGGUUCAUGAGCAAGGACCGCGGCGGACAAGGGGGCACCAUCGUGAACACUGCGUCAACUGCAUUCACCAGGCCUCAAGUGUCCACGCCCAUAUACACAGCCACUAACUACGCUAUCGUGGGACUCACUAGGGCUUAUGGGGAUCAAUACCACGUGAACUUAACCGGGGUUCGGAGUAUGGUGAUUUGCCCGGGCCUGACUGACACAGGGCUUGUGAAGGAGAUUCGCAAGCAACUGAUGUCGUCAGAAUAUGAGGCUGCGUGGCAGAGGGAUAAUGCUACCUGCAAAAUGCAAAGCUCAGAGCACGUGGGCCGCUCGCUAGUGGAGAUUUUGGCUAAAGGUCAAAGCGGUUCCGUCUGGAUUGUGGACAACGGCACACCGGCACGAGAAUGGCGCGGUUAAGCAACUACCGACGCCAUUUAUUUCACCUCAUUAUGCGUAACACACGCAAAUUCCAUUGUGAGACGAUUUACGUAGAUCGUGGAUUGAUCGUUGGUUAAUAUAGGCGGUUUUAUGAACGCGGAAGAAAGUCUGGGCACGAUACCCACUUAGUUUUGAAAGGUACUUUACCAAUUUUUACACUUCCCAUUUUUUUAUCACAAUGGAAUCCUCGAUAUAAUUUAAUACUAAAGACACAUUCAAUAAUAUGGAAGUGAAAUAACAGAAUCUUAUUGUGAAUGUGCCUAGUAUUUCUUUGUAAAAUUACUCUUAAAUUGAGGCGUACUUAUAAUGUAAGCUCAAAGAUACGAUAGUCUAGCAAUACGCUUGGGAUAUACUUAUGAAUCAAUUCGAUAAAGUUGAUAACUUUUCAUGUAUAUGGUCGAUACAUAACACGUAAGGAAUGGUCGUGGUUGUGUAAAUAUUUCGUUCUCCUAGUCGUAAAGCCUACUCGCGUAAGGCAUUAUAUUUUUUAAGAUAACUUUUAAAACAAAAAUAUUAUGUAAUAUAAUGUCGUACGUCGUGACAUGUAUCAUGUAGGUACUUUCAAUGUAAUGAAAACUUAUAUUGUAUACAAACAAGUAUGUAUUUUAAUAAGCGCAUACUUUGUAUUUACCUGCUUUUAAAUAUUAUAUCAAGUAAGAAGACUUUGUUUAUGUAAGGACAGCUCUGUUGUUUGGUUACCACUUUCUAAAUAGUGGUGUAUGUGUGGGUUAUUUAUGCAGGCGUCUGUACUUGUUGUCCUCCAAAGAUUAUGAUAAUUAUGAAUGAUUGAUUUUUGUAACGUUUUGUAUGACAUAUUUGUUGAUUUAUUAGGCGACAUUUGCCAAUGCUUAAAUUUAUUUGCAAUAAAAUUGGAAAUUUCGAUAA